GCGAGAUACAAGUACUCGAUUCUUUUGGUUCUCGAAUGAGCCGAGCUGAUCUACAACUUACGCUUCAGGGGCUUGAGGCGCAUCUAAAGAUUGCUUCUAAGAUGAAUGGGUUUAACCUAGGUACUUGGCCAGAUAUUGAUGUAACUAGAUGGACUAUAAAAGAGUAUAUUCAAGAUCGAAUUCAAUCUGAUGGAUCAUCUUGCGGCUUGUUCAUGCUACAAUUCAUUGAAUACUGGACAGGACACAAACUGUCACAUCCUGUUACACAGGAAGAUGUCAAAUCCUUCAGGCAAAAAGGAGCAAUCAUUCUCCAUGAAUCAGAUCUGAAUGAUAUAAAAGGAACUCCUGAGUACCAUAAUCCAGCAGACGAUAUAAUAGAUACUGACGGUGUUGAAAUAUUGGACCCGCCACCUGCCAUGGUUGUUCUGAGAAUGCCACUUAAUAAAAAUGAGCUACUUUGCAAACUUCGAGGUCAUAUCAUGUCCAUUCAUAAUGCAGAUUUCCAAGAGUAA